UUGAUUUUUCAAGUGGAGUUGCUGCGGAACUCUUGUUAGAUUCUGCUUGUCUUCCCUUCGUAUAGCUUUGUGGACCAACGAAGACUUUGGUAUUGGAUUGAAGGAAUUCGUUGGAUCUAUUUAUAGUUUUCGCGGUGGCAUCCUCAUAUAAUAUAUAUGUCUGACUUAGAGGAAAGCGUUCCCCUAAGGGACAAACCAAGUUAUGAUUUUGACGAUAUCGAGAGGCAAGGCCGUCCAACAAAAUGGUCCACAGCAGCAGUUAAUGGAAUUCUUGCCCCAAAGGGGCGCACCCUUCAGCUGUGGAACAAUAUAUUCGUAAUUUCAUGUGUGGUCGCGGUCUCCUUGGAUCCUCUCUUCCUUUAUAUUCCAAUCAUCAAUGAAGAAAACAAGUGCCUUGGAAUGGACAAAAAGCUGAGGAAUGCAGCUCUUGUUUUACGCUCACUUACGGAUAUCAUUUUCGUUGUGCGUAUUGUACAUCAAAUUCGAACCAAGCUUGAGGACUCUGAGGAACCAGCCGAAGGAAGGGAGUCAUUGGGAUGGAAAUGGAGGCCCUUGUUAUGUGUCCCUCUCAUAAUUGACUUGCUCGCAAUUCUUCCCAUCCCACAGUUGGCAAUAGUUGUUGUGUUUUUCAGAACCAGGGGCUCUGGGUAUUUACAAAAAAUAAACAUUUUGAACGCCUUUCUACUCUUUCAAUAUGUGCCAAAUGUUUACCGACUUCACAUAUCCAGUGAGAAACUUCAAAAGAAGGAAAGACGGAUUAAAGGUGCAUUCAAUUUUUUUCUAUACAUCCUCGCGAGUCAUGUACUUGGAGCUUUUUGGUACUUUUUUUCUAUUCAGCGAGAGACAACAUGUUGGCACCAAGCAUGUAGAAAUACGGAAGACUGCAUAGCUUCUCGAUAUUGCAAUGAUAGUACUUCAAGAAAUAUCACAUUCAUAAAUGAAUUUUGCCCUAUAAAUCCAUCAGAUCCUUCGCUAUUUGAUUUUGGAAUGUUCCUUGAUGCCCUUCAAUCUGGUAACACAGGACCAGUAAAUUUUCCAAGAAAAUUCUUUUAUUCUUUCUGGUGGGGAAUCAGAAAUCUAAGUAAUUUUGGGACGAGUCUCGAAACGAGUAGCUACGUGUGGGAAAACUGCUUUGCAAUUCUUAUUGCUGUUAUUGGCUUGCUACUCUUUUUAUAUCUCAUAGGAAACUUGCAGACAUAUAUGCAGUGGGCAGCCGCAAAAGCGGAGGAGCAAAAGGAGGACGACUUGAGAAAGAGAAUUAAGUUGAAAGAGGAUAGUAUAGAUGACUGGAUGUUAAAACAUGGUCUCCCUCAGGAUUUGAAGAAAGAAAUCAUGGAUAUCAUUAAAGAAAAUAACGUGGUGGAGAAAAACAUUGAUGCCGAGGUGGAUGUGAAGUAUCUAUUCUCCAUUGAUCUUCCACGGACCACUGAAAGUUCUAUAAAGCACCAUGUGGGCAUGAAUGUGCUAAACAAAGUACCAGUGCUUCAAAAUAUGAGAGUAGAAGUGUUGAAAACGAUCUGCGACCAUCUGAAACCACAGAUCUUAUACCCUGAUAAUAUCAACGUUUUUCGAAGGGGAAAGGCAAUUGAUUUCAUGCUCUUCAUCAUAGAAGGCACCAUAUCGAUUCAAGAAAAUGCCUCAGAACCCACUGAGAGCACUCCUGGGGAAGGGGACUAUUUUGGAAAAGAACUUCUGUAUUGGGCAUCACCGGCAAACUCUUUUGACCUUAAAGUUCCAAGCUCAACACAAAAUGUCAGGUGCCAAACAAAAGUAGAAGCUUUUGCUCUCAAGGCCGAGGCGUUGAGAUCAAUAGUCUUGAAAUACAGACGUACCUGGAAUAGGAUUUUAUACAAUUGUGACAUUAAUUAUCCACAAUUGGAGGAGUUGGAGUUGGCAAGAAGUCCCCAUGACAAGACUGAACAGACGUAUAUGCAGUUAUGGGAGGAGAGUUUAAGACUACAGAAGUUGAAGGUCUUGAAAGACAACGACAUACUUGAGUGGGUGUCAAGAAAUGGUCUCCCCGAGAACAUCAAGAAAAAAAUAAUGGAAAACAUAACAGAAAUUAACGCAGUGAAGAAAAACAUAGAUGUUGAUGUGGAUGUGGACUUUGUAUUCUCUAUUCUUCCCCAUGACGUAAAAGAAGCGAUAAAGGUCUACGUUGGCAUGGGUGCACUUAAGAAAGUACCCAUGCUUAAAAAUAUGCCUGAAUCCUCGUUGAAAGUCAUCUGCAAAUAUCUGGAGCCAGUGAUCUACAGCAAGAACGAUUACCUUAUUCGAGCACGAAAACCCCUUAACUCCAUGCUUUUCAUUAUAGAAGGGGUAAUUAUAUGGCCCAAUACGGCUAACGAGGCUGUAACAGCGGGUUCCUAUAUGAUCAACCAGUUAUGUCUUGUGAAAGGUGAUCUUUACGGAGAAGAACUUCUGAGCUGGGCAUCACCCGGCAGCCGUCUUUCUGACCUUCCAAUCUCGACCCAAGAUGUCUGUUGUCAGACAAAAGUAGAAGCUCUUGCUCUCAAGGCAGAGAAAAUGCAAAGUAUGGUCUCCGAACUACGAGAGCGGUGGACUAAUUACUACAUUGCACCCCCUCAGGAGAAGACCUAUCUGCAGAUACUAAACGAGACAUAUAGGCAGUUGAAACCAACAAAAUUGGACAAGGUUGAGGAUGAGGACUUAAGACAGAAAAUGAAGAUAAUGACCAAGGAGAGAGAUAUACUUGAAUGGCUGUCACGAAAUGAUCUCGAUGACGAUUUGAAGACAAAAAUCAUAAUGCACAUGAAGUUGAAUAAAAUUGUGGAUGAAAACAUUAAUGCGGAUGUGAAUGUGGAGUAUCUCUCUAAUAAUAUACCCUUUGGUAUCGCAAUUUCUAUAAAGAGGCAACUCUGCAUUAGUACGCUAAAGAAAGUACCCAUGCUUGAAAAAAUGCCUGAAGACAUGCUUAAAAAUAUUUGCUACGAAGUCAAGCCAGUGACCUACACCCAGGAUAGCUACAUUGUUCGAGCAGGAGAGCGACUUGAUUUGAUGCUCAUAAUUACAGAAGGCACAGUUAUAUGCGCCGGCACGAAGUAUCUUGAGAAAGGACAUUUUUGUGGAGAAGAACUUCUGAGUUGGGCAUCACCCAACAUCUUAUUUUCUGGUCGUGCUCCUAUGUCAAUCCAUGAUGUCAAAUGUCAAACAAAAGUAGAAGGCUUUGCUCUCACAGCCGAUAAGUUGAGAAGUUUCGUUUCGCAAUACAGCUCAGAGUGGAUUUCAAAUUUCAACAAUUAUAGCAAUUCACAUCAGUUGGAGGAGCAGACAGACACCAUUGAUAAGAUACUGAAUGAGGUUCAGUUGGGAACUACAAAAUUGGAGGAGAUUGAGGAUGAGGAGUUGAGACAGAAGAUAAAGAUAAUGAUCAAGGAGAAAGAAAUACGUGAGUGGGUGUCAAGAAAUGGUCUCGAGGAGGAUUUGAAAACAAAAAUCAUAAUGCACAUAAAACUAAAUAACCUGGUGGAACAAAACAUUGAUACUAAUGUGGAUGUGGAGUAUCUCACUAAUAACCUACCGUUCGGUGUGGCAAUUUCUAUAAAGAGGCAUCUCUGCAUUAGUACGCUAAAGAAAGUACCCAUGCUUGAAAAAAUGCCUGAAAAUGUGUUCGCAAAUAUUUGCUACGAAUUGAAGCCAGUGACCUACACAGAGGAUAGCUACAUUGUUCGAGCAGGAGAACAACUUGAUUUAAUGCUCAUCAUUGUAGAAGGCAAAAUUCUGCAGACCGACAUGACUUUGGAUACUGGUACAACGGGCUCAUCGAUGAUCACCAAUUAUCUUGAGAAAGGUGAUUUCUGCGGAGAAGACCUCCUGAGUUGGGCAUCACCCAAUAUAUUAUUUUCUGGUGAUGCUCCUGUCUCAACCCAUGAUGUUAGGUGUGAAACAAAAGUAGAAGGCUUUGCUCUCACGGCGGAUAAGUUGAGAAGUUUCAUCUCCCAAUACCCCUCAGAGUGGAUUUCAAAUUUCAACAAUUGUAACAAUUUACAGCAGUUGGGGGAGCUGGCAUUUCGCCCCGACAACAUCGAUAAGAUACUGAACGAGUUGGGAGCUACAAAAGUGGACGACAUUGAGGAUGAGGAAUUAAAAAAGAAGAUGAAGACGGUGAUUAAGGAGAAACAUGUACAAGAGUGGCUGUCAAGAAAUUGCCCCCUUGAUGAGGAUUUGAAGACCAAAGUCAUGAUGCACCUAAAAUUAAAUAAAAUUCUGGAUCAAAACAAUGAUGCUGCGGUGGAUGUGGAGUAUAUCUCUAAUAAUCUACCCUUCGGUACAGCAAUUUCUAUAAAGAGGCAUCUCUGCAUUAGUACGCUAAAGAAAGUACCCAUGCUUGAAAAAAUGCCUGAAGAUGUGUUCAGUAAUAUUUGCUACGACUUGAAGCCAGUGACCUACACAGAGGACAGCUACAUUGUUCGAGCAGGAGAAAAACUUGAUUUGAUGCUCAUCAUUGUAGAAGGCAAAAUUCUGCCCCCGGACAUGAAUUCUGACAACGGAACAACGGGUUCACCGAUGAUCACCAAGUAUCUUGAGAAAGGUGAUUUUUGCGGAGAAGAACUUCUGAAUUGGGCAUCGCCCAAUACAUUAUUUUCUGGUCAUGCUCCUAUCUCAACCCAUGAUGUCAAAUGUGAAACAAAAGUAGAAGGGUUCGCUCUCACGGUCGAUAAGUUGAGAAGUUUCGUCUCCCAAUACACCUCAGACUGGAUUUCACAUUUCAAUAAUUCUAAGUCGUGAACUCUUGCAGGACAAGACUGAUGAGAUUUGGAAAUACAAUUGAAUAAGAAAAUUAAUAAGAAAUGAGACGCUUAUGAGGAAUUUUUUUCCUUC